AAGAGCUUUGAGUCUGAAGCCCUGGUACUUUUCAGAGUGAAACACUGACUCACUGCUACCAAGAUGGCGAGUCUGUUCACUGCUGUGGCCGUGCUGGCCGUGUUGUCUGGUGGGUUGUGUGAGGAGAAAACCUUUCUUCAGAGAGCUGGUGUGGCCUUUAACAACAGAGAGUAUGAAUCUGUGCUUACUGUGACCAAUGGAGAGCAGUUUGGAAACUGGACCUGGGCAGAGAUGUGUCCUGACAAGUUCUUUGCUGUUGGAUUCAGUAUCAGGGUGGAGCCCAACCAGUACGGGUCAGAUGACACUGGCCUGAACGGGAUCCGCCUCAUCUGCUCCAAAGACGAGCGCCGAAGCUUCCUGUACUCUAUUGAGUCCCACACUGGCUACUUCGGCGACUGGUCCCAGCCUCAGUACUGCCCCAGUGGCGUGCUCACCUCUUUCCAGAUUCGCGUGGAGCCUUAUCAGGGUCUGUUUGGCGACGACACGGCCGUCAACAACAUCAAGUUCCGCUGCAGUAGUAACCCGACGCUGGAGGGGCCCGGCAUGACCUGGGGAGAGUACGGAAGCUGGAGCCAGGAGUGUAUUGACGGAGGAAUCUGUGGCAUUGAGACCAAGAUGGAGGACUACCAGUACGGCCUGGACGAUUCCGCCCUCAAUGAUGUGCGCUUCCAUUGCUGUGCCAAGCUUCAGCAGACUGUUUGGCCCCAAGCCACACCAAAAUUGCCUGAAAGUGUUGGCGGUAUUGCCACCAAAAACGGUAACUCUAAACUCUUACCCUGUCACUAACCUGCAGCAAGAUGCAUGAGAAGCCAACCUUUUGUCUGUGUGUGUUUUUACAGGAGUGGUGGAAGAGAUAUUCAGCCCCUUUAUUUAAGUUAAAGUACCAGUGCAACAGUAGAAGUCUUUCAUUGAAAAGCAUCAGCUAAGUGUGCUUUCAUUGUUAAAAGUAAACUUUAUACUAUUAAAUUAAAAGGGAAACACUUUUUGCACACUUGUGGCGCCGGCUGUUCAGGAAGCCAGAUGUAACGGAGAGGCAGACUCCUGGAAACCCGUCGUCUUGUUUAAUUUGAAUAAUAUGACGAGAGGGGAAAAACCUAGCUUCAUUCAAAUAACAUCAGUCAGUGGAAACACAGACCAUCACAAUGUGUCUUGUCGACUUUUCUAAAAAGUCGCACAUCUGUAGACCAAGUCAUGUGAAAUCCACAAUUCAGUAUCUAAUAAAUGUCUUCUUUCAAAAUAAAACUGCACAUUUGGAUGAUUAUCUUGACAAAGGAGAGAUGCUCACUGACACAGAUUUAAACACAUUUGUGAAGAAAAUUUUACAGAAAAAAACCCUUUUGUGUGCCUUAGAUCUUUAAUUUCAACAUAUGCAAAAUGGGAGCAAAAACAAAAGUGUUGCAUUUAUAUUUUUGUUUUAUUCUGCAGAAACCAUAAAAUAUAAAAAAUACUCAAGUAAAGUAGAGUUACUUAAAAACUGCACUUGAGUGAUUAGUGUCCACCACAGGUAGUCACAGGUAAUCUGGCCAAGGUCACUGGGGCCUUUGGAAAACUUGGGGACAAAAAGCUGAUUGGAAGAAAACUGAAUUUUUAAGUGGGCUGUCACAAAACACGAAGCUAUCAGGUAAAUGAAAACAUAUCUGUAGUGUUUUCAAACUUGCAUCCAAUCGAAUGGCUGUGCCUGAGGAUUUCUCAUUAUCUUAAGAGUUUUUUCAUGAUGACAGGAUUUUCUCCAGAUGUUCCCAGACAAUAAAGAUGCAGGCCUGGCUACUUUAGGAACCUAAGCACCAGCUGCUCGGGCGUCUUUCAGAAAUCAGUAUUAGAAAGACAUGCACGAAACACAGAGGCAGAUUAAUGUGACAUCCUGGUGAUUAGAAUGUGAAAACAUGCCUUGAACAUCAGGUUUAACAAAUAUGAUAAGCUCAUGCAUACUAAUAUUAACCUGGCUGACUUACUAAUGCCCAUCUGGACUCAGACAUUGCUUUAUGCUCUAUGUUCUUAAUGUUUAAUCACAGUUACUGAGUCUGGAAUCAGUUUUGUUUGUGAACUCAAUCUCUAACCUCAGACAUGACAGAUUAUUAUAAAGCAUGGUCUAAUAACUGAGCAACCUUUCAGACGUUUGUUUCCAAGCUCUAAUUUGUGAUCAGGCUGAACCAAAUCCAAAAAUACAACAAAGCGAAGAUUGUUUUUAUUUAUUUAUUUAUUUAUUUAUUUAGUGCUUCUGAUCAAAGAAAAUGAACUACAGGUUUGACUGCAACCUUUAAUUCUGCUGUUUGUUUGAGCCACAAUGGCUCCUCUCCAACACAGAAAUCAAAUCCCAUCAGAGCUUUUUGUCUUGUGUUUUUAUUUAGUUAUUUUCCCACUUUCUGAAUAGAUAAAUGAAAUUAAGUGAGCGUGUUUUUUUUGUUUAUUAUUGUAUUGAAUUAUUCAUUUUAAUUAAAAGUGUUCCAAAGGUGAUAUUGUGUACCUUACACAAAGAGAAACAAGCUAGAAAACUGUAUCCCGAUGAUCUUGGGAAGCUUCAAAAUACAUUUUUCACCUUGGAAACAGCAGUCGACUAAACUAUCUCACCUCAAGGUCCAUUUAGCUGUUGUGGAACUUUCAACCAUAUUACACAGUCUUCAUCAGCAGAUGUUUACCACGUUUAAUGGAAAUCUAGACGUUAAAAUUUAAAUAUUUUUUUCUAAGCCCUUUACAGAUUUAUUAUUGAUGUUGGCUUUAAAUAACAGACUAACUAGUAACUGGCUCUUUUUGGGAUGUUUUUGUGACGUUAUUCAAAUAUAACGGAUAUUAAUCUGUGAAGCUGUUCUUUGCAGAUAGUGAUUUUGUGCUCUUAUGUUUUCAUUGACAGUGAUUGACUGUGUAACCGGCUUGAUCCAGUCCUUCUCCGACACCCUGAACUCAAAGACAGCAAAAAAUAAAGUGCACAUUUCAAUGUC